AUGAGGUUCGGCGAACACCUCCGCUCGUCCAUGAUCCAGGACUAUCACCCCUUCUACAUCGCCUACGACGAGCUGAAGAAGAGCCUCAAGACUGAUUACAUCACUCCACCCACCCCGAAAACCCCAAACCCCCCUCGCCGCGAAUGGACCGAAGAUGACGAGAAGGCCUUCGUCACUUUGCUCGAGAGCGAAUUGGAGAAGGUCUUUACAUUCCAGAAGCGCAAGAGUGAGGAGAUCGUCCAGCGCAUUCAGGCCAGCGAACUUGAAGUCAGCGAUGUCGUGUCUCGCCUCGAGCGCUCCACUGGUGCUGGUAAUCGCCGGGAGAGCGUUCGCAUGCCCCCGCCCGACGACGAGGACUUCUUGCAGCUGGAGGAGAUUCUCAGUGAUAUCAUUGCCGACGUCCACGAUCUCGCCAAAUUCACACAGCUGAACUACACCGGAUUCCAGAAGAUUAUUAAGAAGCACGAUAAACAAACGCAAUGGUACCUUAAGCCGGUCUUUGCUGCUCGUCUCAAUGCCAAGCCGUUCUUCAAGGACAACUACGAUGCCUUCGUUAUCAAUCUCUCCAAGCUGUAUGACCUUGUCCGUACCAAAGGUAACCCAGUCAAAGGCGAUUCGUCCGCUGGUGGAAGCCAGCAGAACUUUGUUCGUCAAACAACCAAAUACUGGGUUCACCCGGAUAACAUCACCGAGCUGAAGCUGGUCGUCCUGAAGCACCUGCCGGUCCUGGUCUUCAAUGCCAACAAGGAGUUCGAGGAGAAGGAUACUGCGAUUUCGUCCAUUUAUUAUGACAACACCGAUACAUGGGAGCUGUACCAAGGUCGCCUUAAGAAGACCGAGGGUGCCGAGGCCAUCCGUCUCCGAGAAAAAUCUGUCAAGGCCCGUUUCUCCCUGAAGGAGAAGAAUGUAAAUGCGUUCUUGGAGGGCCGUAUGACCGUGGAACAGGCAUUCGACAAGAUGCGCAAGGAAGGCAAGAAGAGCCCAGAGGAGAUCGCCGAUCUCGAGCAGCUGGCCCGGGAGAUCCAAUACCGAGUCAUCACCCGCCGUCUGGUUCCUGUCACUCGCACUUUCUACCACCGAACGGCCUUCCAACUUCCGGGAGAUGCCCGUGUCCGUAUUUCUCUUGAUACGGAGCUCACCAUGAUUCGAGAGGACAACCUGGAUGGUCGCCGGCGGGCCGGCACCAACUGGCGCCGCAUGGAUAUCGGUGUGGACUUCCCAUUCUCACAACUGCCCCCGGAGGAUAUCGAUCGCUUCCCUUACGCUGUGCUGGAGGUGAAGCUGCAGACCCAGGCUGGCCAGGAACCCCCCUCAAUGGAUUCCAAGUUCAUUCACGGAACUGCCACCCUUUUCCCUACCCGCAUCAACCUGCUUCCCUUCUGGUACCCGCAAAUGGAUGUCGACAUUCGCAAGCCCGUCACUCGACACUACGGUAUCCAACGGCCGCUGGCCAGCACAUCACUGUCCGCCAAUGACGAGGACGACUCAGACGACGAAGAUUCACCACAAUCCGCCCAAGGUCCGGAGAACGGGUUCGCCCAUCACAUUGGCGAUGAUAGCCGCCUCUUCACAGAGACAAACGGCAACGAGCUUGACAUCGAAGAACGUAUCGCUGCACAGCCUCUCCCCGGCGACGAGGACUACCCGCUCUACGACUCAGACGACGAAUCCGUCUACUCUGACGAGCUCGAAGAAGCCCGACGCGUCGGCGGCACAUACUACGCCAAACAGCUGUCAAAAUACUACCUCCAGAAGACCGGCCGUCUCCUCACCCAGGGCCUACUUGCCAUCAUCCCCCGACCCCGCGCCACCCCAUUGCCCCCACCCGAACAGCGCGGCAUCGCUGUCCUCCAGGGUACUCAACGGACCCUCAAACGCUUCCAAGCACCCCCCGGCAAGCGAAUCUUCGUCCCCGUCCGCGUCGAGCCAAAGGUCUACUUCGCCGCCGAGCGCACAUUCCUCUCCUGGCUCGAAUUCUCCAUCAUCCUCGGCGGUAUCGCCGCGACGCUCCUCAACUUUGGCGCCGACUACGUCGCCCUGGCUUCCUCGUGGGCAUUUACCAUCCUGGCCGCUGGCGCUCUGAUCUACAGUCUCUUCCUGUAUAUCUGGCGCGUGGACAAGAUCCGGAAACGCCGCGACGUCAAGCGCGUGUAUUACGAGAAGUGGGGACCGACCAUUAUCUCCGUUGGUCUCGUCGCUGUCGUACUGAUCAACUUCGGUAUGCGCAUUCACAAGGGCGGAUUUAUUUCGAAGGAACCCGUAGUUGGCGGUCCUCUUCCUCUUCCCGGUAAUGGGAACGGAACUAUGAAGCAUGGUGAUGAAUUGUAA